AUGGAAGGUCGCGGAUUGACCCUCCGAAGUAAAACGCGCCGUGCUCGUCCUCAAAUCAGUGCUCCGAAGCCCAUAUCCGGACCGCUACCACCUAACAACAAGAGUACCGAUUCGGGCCAGGCCAACAAUGUCUCUAACUCAGGGUCUCGCGAGCGAGCCCCCACAAAUGGCGCGACCUCAGAUCUAGUAAAACGGAGAUACUCGACGCGAUUCAACCAAGCUCCGGAAUUUGAUGCCAGCGCCCCCCCUGUCCCUGGUCUCCCUGCAGCAAGCAAGUAUGGCGGAUUGAGUCCUCCAGAAGCCAGCAGGAAGCCUUCGUCGGACUCCUCUGGGCCCCCGCAAGUUGAUUUGAACGCAUUGAGGGAUCCAAGUCUGCCAGUAGACAGAUCAAACCUGCUCGCCAAUGCUACGGAAGAAGAAAUCGAAGAGUAUCAAGCGAGUCUACGCAAAGUGAGAAACCGAACGUCCACCGACCUUCAGCAGAAUGUGUACCAGAAUCGCACCCAGUUCAUCAAGAUCAGUAAGGAGGCGGAGAAGCUUAAGGGCGAGAUGCGGACACUACGCACUCUAAUGGCGGAACUCACCACCGCUCUGGGCCAGACGGCUAUUGGAAAUGCCCCCAAUCCUAUAUCACCGACGGCGGAUGACUGGGUACCGAAGCGCAACGCGAAUCGCAGUUCAGUGGCCAACCUGGAAAGCAUGUGGAAUGUCCAGCUUCAAACACUAUGGAAGACGGUUGAAGGAUCACAAAAAUUCUUGCCUGUAGCUCCAGGCCGGCAUAUUGUGAUGGAGACAGGGCAAUGGGUUGAGCUGGACUCAGCCACGUGGAAGCCUAGGCGCCCCGUUCACAUCGUGCUUCUGAACGAUCAUCUACUGGUGGCUGCGAAAAAGCGGAAGCGGGUCGACCAAAGCAACCCCAACCAUCGGGGGCCGGUUCCGACGAAACUCGUCGCCGAGGAGUGUUGGCCGCUACAGGAUGUUGAUAUGAUUGACCUCGGCGCCAAUCUUGGCACUGGGGCAGCCCGCGAAGAAGCCGAAGAACGGGGCAUCGCGAACGCAAUCAAUGUCCGAGUAGGCUCAAAAACGUUCACAUAUCGCCACGACAAGCGGGAUAGUUCCGACAAGAGCGAGCUUCUUGCGACCUUCCGAAAAGCAGUGGAGGACCUUCGGCGAACACUGCGGUCCGAGACAGAAGCGGCCACCAAGACGACUGAUGCAUUUGGCUAUGCAGGCGUCAGACAUUCCAUUUCUCAAAAGGCAGACCUCCUUAAUGCUUCAGAAGCUUCCCGCGACAACCCCGAAGUUCGCAUUGACGUUGAUGGAAAGCAACAGAAUCUUCGAUGGGUGGAUGGACAAGUGGAUGAACUCGACAUCGAUAUCGCCCUUCAACGUUUCGAAGAAGCAGUUUCUGGCAUUGAGCGGCUCAGAAAAUUAGCCAGGGGCUUGAAGGGGAACUCGAUUGCGCAGGAAAUCAUCAAUGGCAAAGUUGAUGAACGCGCAGCCAAGCUGGCCAGUGUCUUAUCAAGAGCAUUGGCUGGCACUCACUCGUUCUUGAAUGCCACCAAGACGAAUGUUACCUGGCUCACUCGUCUAGGCUUCGAGGACCAGGCUCGGGAGGCCUACCUGAAAGCCCGAUCGGAUGUGAUCUCCAAACGGGUCCGGGCGUGUGUCUUCGAGGGUGAUCUCCCCCUCUACAUAUUCCAGGUUUCCUACGUCUAUUUCACCUUGAUCAAAAACACAAUCAGCAUCUACCAGCAAUGCUUCCCGCCCGUCAUGUCGAGUGCCUGCAUCAAGUGGGCCAAACACCACUUGGACGGGUUCAAUGCCCUUCUUACCCGGCAGCUCAGCAGCGUACAGCGAGGCACGACCGUCUGGCAGAAAUGCAUUGAUAUUGUACAUGAGCAUGCCGACUCUCUGACCGAAGUCGGUGUAGAUUUUGCUGACCUGGUUGCUAAGGGGUUGGAUCUCCAUGAUGACGGUGGCGAGAAGCCACAAAUGACUCGCUCGGAGUCUCUCAUUUCGGGGCUGGCGGACGCUGCACGGGACCAUGGUUUUUGA